AUGUCAACCCUCAAAAUGAUAGAAGUAUAUACGCAGAAUGGACUAAGAAAAGUACGUCCCUAUUACAACAAAAGAUCAGCCUUUGUGAAGGGGCGCUGGUUGGGAAAGUCACUAAUAGACGUCCUUGCCACUGAAUUUAGACUGCGCUCAAGAGCAUAUUAUCUGGCGCAGAUAGAGAAAGGCACGUAUAAGUUGAUCCGAGACGGUGUACCGCUGGUACCGAGUCACCUCAUGACCGUCACGAUUAAGAAUCAUGAUGUUUUAGAAACAACUGCGCAUAAGCAUGAACCACCGGUAAAACAAUGGUGUAGUCAGUCAAUGGAAGCUGAUGAUUCAGCAGGGAGGAUAGCGGGUUUUGAUAUUGUAUUUGAAGAUGAAACUAUUCUGGUCAUUGAUAAGCCCAGCGGCAUACCUAUACACCCGACUGGUCAGUUCUAUCAAAACACAAUUACUGAAGUGCUGAAAUCACAUGGAGUAAAUGUUCUUCCUUGUUACCGACUAGACAAGAUCACCUCAGGUUUAUUGAUAUUAGCGAAAAACAGUCAGAGCGCAGGGGAAAUUCAGAAGAACAUUCGUUCAAGAGACAUGAGUAAAUAUUACCUGGCAAGAGUCAAGGGGAAAUUCCCUCAUUCAGAAUCAAUACUGAACAAUGAUAACGCUGUGGAUUCCAUUUUCGCAGACACUUCCAAUAUUACGAUAGAAAGCUCGCCCAUAUAUUCUAUCGAUCCAAAGAGGCAAUUUCCUGCCGGUUUAUCGGCGUCGAGGGAUGCUAUUACCAAGUUCUAUCCCAUAAGGUACAUCUCCCACGCUGAUGAAACGGUUGUUGCCUGUAAGCCAACAACCGGGAGAACACAUCAAAUUCGAAUCCAUCUAGCCAGACUUGGUCAUCCCAUCGUCAACGAUAGUGUUUACUGUUCGUACGUUACCAGAUAUCCCGAAAGACUAAAGUUUAUAAUACAGUUUCCUAGAUGGGAAGAUCAACGGGACCUAAGCACCGAAAAGUUGAGAACGAUAUUUCAAAAAUUCAUUGAAGAGACUAAAAAUAAUUGUCAGACCAUGAAAACACUCUGUUCUGAAUGCGAUACUAUCGAAUUAAAGGACCCUUUGCCGUCAGAUUUGGAGUUGUGGCUACAUGCUUGGAGAUAUGAGGACACCGAAGGGAAGUUUAAGUUUGAAACAAACCUACCAAGCUGGGUACACUGA